GCAGCACAAAGUUCACCGUUCUGGAAGACAUUCUGAGAGCUUGAACGAAAGGUUUCUUCAUUUUCGGGCGCUUUGCAAAUCACCAUUGUGUCUUUGGAACCCAAUAGAGGUUGCUAUUACAAGGUCCUUUGGGUCAAAGCCGUGCGAGGGCAACCGGAGCAAUCUUUUCAAACGAGGCGCCUUGUCCAAAGAGGAGACAUGGCCAGCGCGGCCCUUGUCAUGGCCCAAGGGGCUCUCGCUGGCCAUAGCAUUGCAGGCCCCAGGUUUGUAGACGCUUUGCACAUCCACAGAUCUUGCCUGCAAUCUCCUGCGCUGAUCGGUUGCAGUACUGUCUCUCAUGGGGUCUUUUGCCGCGCGGCUCUUGGUGAUGACAAGAGAGCUUUUGCUGAGUCAGAAGACAAUAAAGAUACGAGAAAACAAAGAAUGUGGUCCAGACCGCAAGGAAAAGUCAGGCGGACGGCCUGGGUUGUGGCUGCUCAAGCUGCGGAACAGGCUCAUUCAGACGCUGCAGACGGGAGCAGGCGAGAGAACCGGGCACAUCUGAUGGCACAUAGGGAGGAGACCCAUGAGAUGGAGGAGCUUGAAAGGCCUCUCGCGGAGUACAUGAGCUUGCCCGCCUCUCAGUACUCCGUCCUUGACGCGGAGAGGAUCGAGCGAGUCGACGAGAAGACGUUCAAGUGCUACGUCCACCGGAUCAAGUUCUUCACCUUUGAGGUCUGCCCGGUGCUGCUCGUGCGAGUGGAUGAGAAGCCAAACGGGUGCGCCAUCCGGUUGCUUUCCUGCACGCUGGAGGGAUCUCCGCUAGUGGUCGCUCAGAACGAGAAGUUCUCAGCCUCCAUGGUCAACAACGUGCGAUGGAGCGACGUUCCUGAUGAGCCGACCAAGAAACAACUUAUUUCAGACACGACAAUCGACGUUUCGAUCGAGGUUCCGGCUCCGUUCCGAAGAAUUCCGGUCGAGGGCAUUGAGAUGACAGGGCGGAAGGUGCUGCAGCAGCUGCUGCGGCUCGUGCUCCCCCGGUUCCUCUUACAGCUCGAAAAGGAUUACAGAGCCUGGGCUUCUGGAGACGAGUCAAGAAAACCUCUGGGAACAGGCGAGUUGUAAGGGAGGUUGGGAGCGGAGGAAACGGUGGGGAGGUUUUUUGCCGCCAGGUUUUUGGAUGUACCUACAUGUGUACAUGUGUAUGCUAUGAACGUUGGGUUGAUGCAGCUACUGUAGUAGCGGACAUUUUCCAACUCCUCUCAACAAGACGUUGGCUUACCAUAAUAACUCCUUCGGGUUGAUAAUUGAAGGCCCUGACUGAGUAGGCUGAUCCUUGUAGCUGCUGCAAGCUUGUUCGGCUGUAAGGAUCGAACGAGACUAGGAACAGCACGCCCUGUGGAAAGGUCAACUAGGCCUCUCGAUCGCUCUGUACCAUGCGGUUCGCUUCACAAGCGAUUCUUAAAAAUGACUACUGUAUGGCACGGCCACGAUGCUCAUGCAAGAUUGGGGGGA